UCUCACGUCACCAGACCAUUCGUUUCUCCGCAUCUUCCUUAUUGGCUCUGUCUCUCUUCCUCCUGAAAAACAAUAUCACGAUUUCCUCGUCAUCGCGGUCGAUGGUAGUGACAUGAUGGUGCUCGGCAUGGGCUGGCAUAAGCCUAGGAACUUUGCCGGUUCGUCGAUUAGGGCGAUCAUGAUUGGGCUGUUUGUUGCGUCGGGAGGUUUGUUGUUUGGCUAUGAUCUGGGGUGAGUUUGUUAAAAUGUCUCGUUGGUUUUUUGAUUAUGCGGUGCGGUGAGCAUCGCCUUGUGCCUGCAUGCGACAUUACCAUUCUCUCCACUCUCUUGUGUUCUAUCGCCAGAUAAAUGUUGCCCUGCGCAUCGAGUAUGGCUAUCGCGAGAUAGCGUCAAAGCGUCAUCAACGGUAUUCUCGCCAUGAACGUCUUCAAAAGCCACUUCAGCACCAACCAAUCCUGCAAAGACGACGAAGGCCACAUCGAUCUCUGUCCCGAAGACUCCUCCCUCAUCGUCGCUAUUCUCAGCGGUGGAGCCGUCAUCGGCGCCAUAGUCGCAGCUCCAUCCGGUGAUAGCAUCGGGCGACGGAAGACAUUGCUCGUGGCUAUCAGCACAUUUUGUAUCGGAGCUAUUUUUCAAAUAUGCGCUGAAGCAACACCGAUGUUGUUAGUCGGAAGGUUACUUGCUGGUGUUGCAGUCGGAGCUAUUUCCGUUCUCGUCCCUCUUUACCAGUCCGAGACUGCACCAAAAUGGAUACGCGGGACCAUCAUUUGCGCGUAUCAAUUCUCCAUCACGGUGGGGAUAUUAAGCGCGACUAUUAUUAAUGUCAUCACAUCCGGUAUCAACAGCGAUGCCGCAUACCGUAUACCCCUUGGCCUCCAACUCGUUCCUGGUCUCAUCUUGGCGGCUGGUAUUGUUGCUCUUCCAGAGACUCCUCGCUUUCUGGUAAAGAAGGGCCGUAUCGGGGAUGCAGGAGUGUCUCUGAGUCGAUUCCGCAGGCUGGAUAUCACGCAUCCUGCCCUCGUCAAUGAGCUACAAGAGAUUGUCGCAAAUCAUCAAUAUGAAUUAACACUCGGCCACGAUACAUAUAAGGCUCUUUUCGCAAGAAACUCUUCCCUUGGCCGAAGGACUAUGACGGGUUGUGGGCUACAGAUGUUGCAACAACUAACCGGCAUCAAUUUCGUCAUGUAUUACGGAACCACCUUCUUCAGCAAUGCCGGGAUCAACAGCCCUUUCAUCACCAACCUAAUCAUGAUCAUCAUCAACUGCGUUUGCACAAUACCCGGCCUUAUUGUUAUCGAAUCCUGGGGGAGGCGCAAGCUCCUCAUGGCUGGCGCUCUGGGCAUGGGCGUUUCUCAGUUGCUCAUUGCAGCUGUAUACUCAGCAACCAACGACAAGAUGAAUAAGUCUCAUGGUGGGGCUUCAAAUAUGGUCCUUGUCGUCUGUUGUGCUAUCAACGUGUUCUUCUACGCGUCAUCUUGGGGACCUGUUGCCUGGGUCGUUACUUCAGAGAUCUUCCCACUGAAAGUACGCGCGAAAGCCAUGUCGUUAUCAACAACCGCAAACUGGCUGCUCAACUUCGCAGUAGCAUACGCACCCCCAUAUAUCCUAGGCAGAGGCGCAAACGCAUUCGGACUCAAAAUCUUCUUCAUAUGGGGGACGUGUUGUCUUCUUGCCAUUGCUUUCGUUUGGCUGAUGGUAUAUGAAACGAGUAGGAUGACGCUGGAGCAGAUUGACGAGAUGUACGAGAGAGUGAGAUAUGCAUGGGAGAGUCCAGGGUUCAACCCUACAUGGAGCUUUCAACAGAUGCAGCAUGCGGGAUGGACAGCGAACGGGCAGCCAGGACAACAGGCUGGCGAUAUACAUUCAACAUCGAACGUCAACUCAACGACAGACGAUGAGAUUCAUGAGACGGGGUCGAUACGGUCGGAUAAUGCACAGGGAUCGACGACUCGUAUGGCGAAUUUGGAUUUUAGUUACUAAUUUAAUUCUGUUCACGUUCCUUGG